AUGGACAUGGUGCAGAGUAUUUCGGAAUGGACUUGUAAUCGGGAGCUGGACUCUGACGCAUCAAAAUUUCGCAACUAUUUGAAUGAUUGGGUCGCUACGCGAAAAUUGGACGGAGACUUGGAACGAUAUCUCAACGCACCCAACCGGCUUACAUGGCCGGACCUACCAACCGCGCCUGACUACAAAGUACCUUUCGAGCUGGGCAAAACUUCGGAUGGACAGCCAAUCUGGACAACGGGUCCGCGGUUUAGACGCACUGCAACGGAGAAGGGUCAGUAUUGUUUCUUCUGGGAGAGACCGUCACAGAGUAAAUUGUUGAACAAGGCCGAAAGUGGCAUAUACUACUAG